UUAUCAUUCAUUGCAAUUUGUGUGUGUUUGUUUAGAAAUAAUAAGUUAUGCAUAUAUAAUUUUUCGAAAUUGUUUGAAACGCAAGAAAGUGUCAAAUUUGUUUUUGUUUAAAACUAAAUAAAUAAAAUACAUUUUUAAAUAUACAUAUUGAAAAGCCGGUUUUGAAACUUUUGUUUUUCCGAAAUGGAACGUAAUGCACCCGAAGGCGCUGUCAUAAUUACUGGAGAAUCAAGCAUGGGUAGCGUGCCAAACGAUCAACAAUCAUUGGUAGAUCCGGUGCUUAGUACAAAUGAUACUGGUACCUUCAAGCCUUUAAAAACAAUACCGGCUUUUAGCAUACAUUUAUUUAUAUCGACAAUAAUCUCAUUUGUUGGUAUCCUGUUGGCUGCUGUUUGGCCUCCAGAAAAACGAUGUGAAGCCUAUUUUAUUAUGUUAUAUUUGCGUGCUACAUUUUGGGUUAUAACUUUCGUUUUCGAUCAUGUGAUAAAAAAAUAUCAUGAUGAUUUACGCAUCAAUGGAUAUCAUGAAUUUCACCGUGCCACCGCUAUGCAAAAGGGUAUACCAUUGAAUAUAGUUUCACUUUGGAAUUCAGUGCUAUUGGCUGUACAGGCAAUGCUUCAACAUUAUUAUGGUGAACAGUUCUGGUCACACUGCAUGGCUGGUUUUCUAUCUCCUAUAACAUAUGUUGCAGCAUUUAAUUUGGCUGAGACAAUCGUAUUAGCAGCUACGCAUAGUUGUUAUAUAUCUAAAGUUUUCAAAUUCAAUAAAGCACAACAGCCACCAGAUGCUUUGAGAGGUCUGAAUAAUUUAAAUGGUUCAUUGGGUCUUACACAACCUGGUAGUACUACAGCUGAGCUAUUAGAAAAACAGGCGGAUCUCAUAGCAUAUCUAAAGGACCAUAAUCAAAAACUCAAUAAGAAACUACAUCAAAUGCAGUUAAAUGCACGUACUGUAAAUUUAACUCAUUAACUAUUAAAAUGUCUUGCAAAUUUCUGUUGUUUAGCAUGUUACAAUUGAAAAUAAAUAUAAAAUAAAUAAUGUAGUACUGUUUAUAGAAUAUUUAUAUAUUUUUUAUAGUCUUUAUGUCGAUUUUGUCAACCUUAAAUUAAAAUUUAAACAAAUACAAUAUGAUAUUCAUUAAUUGUAUGCAUUUUUAUAUAUACAUAUAAA